AUUCCAUUGUUAUGCCUUCUCUCGAUAACACUCCGUUUUCUCUUCGUUUCGUCUUCUUCUUGGUGUUGUUGGUCCCCGCCACCGUCGCCAGCGCACAGCACGCCGAUGCGGAGUACUUGCCGUCGGAGACCGCGAAGGUCUCGUUCGGCCCGAGCGUGGCAAUCGCGAUCGGCGUCUUCGCUACCAUGUUAUCGCUCACCGUCCUCCUGCUCGUGUACGUGAAGUGCCGUUGGUCGAUGCCCUCGGAAAGCAUCAUCCCUGCACCCACCCGCCAAACCCGGCAUCAGUUGUCAGGCAUCGACAGGACCGUCGUUGAGUCGAUCCCCUUCUUCCGCUUCGCGUCGCUCCGCGGCGUCCGCGACGGCCUCGAAUGCGCCGUCUGCAUAUCCAAAUUCGACGGCGAUGAGGUCCUCCGCCUGCUGCCUAAGUGCAAGCACGCGUUCCACAUCGACUGUGUCGAUCGCUGGCUCGAGGGCCACUCCAGCUGCCCGCUGUGCCGGUGCAAGGUCACCGCCGUGGACGUCGCCCGGUUCGCGAACUCCACCAGCUCCAGGUUCUUGUUUGCCUCCGGUCAGCACGAGACCAGCGGACGUGAACUCGAGCUGUUCGUCGAGCGCGAGCGCGAGCGCAACCAUGACGCCGAACACCGCGGGUCAUCAAGAUUCGGGAUCGGAAGUAGCUUCCGGAACAUGGACAGGAGCACGAAGGAGAAGGAAAAGCUGCCAAUUCUAGAAGAAGCGACUGGUGGAGAUCAAUUCUUACACAAGUUCAAGCACAGGAUUGUGGUCUCCGACAACGUGUUCAAAGGCCGGUGGAGCGCCCUGAACUCAUCGGAUUUAGCGUCAUUGACCUCCGAUCUGCUAAGCAUUACGUUGAACGAACGGUUUGCGCUUCUCGGUCUGAACGAGCAGACAACUGGAGAAGAGAAGAUCUUCGUCGAUGGUAAGGAGACGACGGACGAGAAGAGUCUGCUUGAAGCCAAAGCAAACCAGAUCGGUGCACUUUCGUCAGCUGCGAAUCCAAACAUUCCCUCACCCUCGAAUGCCAACGAGAAUUUGAUCAGCCCUGCAUCGAGAGCUUCGAUUUCCUCGGCAAACAGAUCGAUGUCUGAUAUCACAAACCUGUCUAGAUCAAGACAAGAACGAGAUCCAGGUAACAGCACGUCGAGCAGAGACGAAGAUGAGAAGCUGAGGCGGCUUUGGCUGCCCAUUGCGAGGCGGACGGUGCAGUGCUUCGCUGGAAGAAGCGAUCGCAGACUCAGUACAGCAACGGAGAUUUCAAAUGUUUGACUCAGAAUCUUUAUUCACAAAUGUUGAUCUACAAAUGGUUUCCACCAAAGAUUAAUGGAAGUCACACACAGCCUGUUGUCCUGCACAAGCAGCGUAGAUUCCCAAAUUUGAAGUCAAAAGGUAGGCGUGAUCUGCGUAUAUGAUGUAACCAAAAUGUAAAAGGAGGGCAGAUCACUAUGAUUUGGCUCGGUUCAUAAGA